AUGUCACCAUUUGGAUGGAUUUGUUAUCUUCCACUCGUAACACUUCUUCUUCUUCUCUUGUGUGGUGUACAGGCGGAGAUCCAACAGAGUGAUACCGUUACUACAGUCUAUGUACGGUAUAAUGAAGAAAACAAUACUUUCUCUGCUACUGGUGAUGUCUCUUUUGGUAUUUUAGCCGCUACUGUGAUUGUCAACAACAGUUUUUCCACAACUGGAUGGGAUGUUGUGCAUGUACGCGCAGAUGAGGCCUUUAUACAUUUACAUGGACUCGAUAAUUACACACAACGGCAAUUGGCAUAUCGGGCAAUGGGAUAUGGAGAAGGAUACGCUACACAGAAACAAUUGGAGGCCACACUUUAUAAUAAUUUUCUCGGUGCCGAUGGUAUUGCGGCUCUUAUGAAAGAAGCACCGGUGUUGGUGGAGUGGAUUGAUACGCACUUGGCAUUCAUGGAGUCUCGUGUGAAGAAGAAUAAUGAUGAUGAUAUUGAUACAGAUAAUGAUAAUGAUGAUAAUGAUAAUGAUGAUAAUGAAACUUAUGGACAAGAACUUCAACAAUUGUUGGCUUUAAUGGAUGGUAUGGUGUUGGGAUAUAAUGAUCGUCUCCCUCAUGGGGAAAAUAAGUUAAAUCGAUCAUGGUUAUUUUAUUUGAACUUUCAGGCAGAAAUGGGAGAUGUUCUCACCGCAAAGUUAUCCUCCACCGCAUUACAACAAUUACGUGAACGAAUGCCACGAUUUCUCACCGAUCUUCACUGCUCUGCAUUAGUGAAAGUUGUAAAGAAUGAUAUUUUCUUUUCUCACGUCACAUGGAAUUCUUUUAAUUCCAUGCUACGUCAAUAUAAAACAUAUCGUGUAGGAAGUCGCUUUGUUACCAUGUCUACAUAUCCCGGCUUUAUUCACAGUUUAGAUGAUUGGUAUAUGACCCAUGCACGAUUGGCCGUAAUGGAAACGACUAUUGGUGUAUCGAAUUCCUCCUUGAUAAAAGAAUAUAUUUCACCAGAGACCGUAUCAGAGUUUCUACGUGUAAUGAUUGCGAAUUUUCUUGCGGAAAGUAGUCCAGGUUGGGUACAUAUUUUCUCUCGUUAUAACAGUGGAACAUAUAAUAAUCAAUGGAUGAUAUUAAAUAUGGCGAAUGUAUAUAAUGAGAGUGGAUUAUUACUUCCAUCCGAUACCUUUUGGGUGGCAGAACAAUUACCAGGCAAUACAUAUCCCGUUGGAAUUACCGCAGCCGAUAUGUCUGCUCAUUUAAAUCGAUAUGGAUAUUGGGCCAGUUAUAAUUUGCCUUAUUUUGAAAAUGUUUAUUCUCUUUCUGGUACAGGAAAGAUGAAGGAGAUGUAUGGAGAUUUCUUUUCUUACACGGAAUGUCCACGAGCAAAGAUGUUUGCACGUAAUCACAGUGAUGUGAAGAAUUUGGAGAGUAUGAAAGGUGUGAUGCGGUAUAAUAAUUACAAAAUGGAUCCCUUAUCUCUUAUUCCAAAUUGUACAGGUGCGGGAUUAGAUAAUCAUACAUGUAAUCCAGCCUUCAGUAGUAUGUUAACAAUUGCCUCUCGAGGAGAUUUAAAUCCAAAAGGAGAUGAAAAGAAUUACGGUCCAUUAUUUAAAUACGUUGGCCAUCGUGAUCAUGGAGCCACAGAUGUGAAGAUUGCCUCUUGGAGUGGAAUGAUAAAUGAAGAUGCGGAUACCUUUAUCGCCCAUGUGAUCUGUGGACCCACAAAUGAUCAACAACCAACAUUUGAAUGGAGCGAUGAUCUCUUUGAUCCCAUGCCGCCUUUAUAUGGAAUUCCGAAAGUUUAUAAUUUUCCAUUUAUGACCUUCACAACGUACGCCCCGCGGCCACACUCGGAUGAACCAACAGAUGAUGAAGAUGUGUGUAAUGAGUGGAUUGGCAUCGGUGUAGCGGCAGGAGCAGCCACUUUGGUGAUUGCUGCUAUUGGGAUUCUUUUCUAUCGCGCGGAUAAGGAGAAUAAAGAGAGACGACGGGUUGUAGAAGCAGAUGCAUUACUCUCCAAUUAA